AUGGAGAAUCUGCACCAGAAUGUUAUUCCUCAAGCCGUGGACGAGCUUGUCACGCCGGGCGACCAUCAGCAGCACACCACCGCUGCCGCUAACACAUUAACAGCGUCAGACAUAGACUCGCUGUUACAAAAUUGGACCCAUGACAACACUGGUCAGUUAGUCCGCAACCAGGCAGGGGGCGAUGCCGCCUUGUUGCCAGACCCGGACCGGCUCCGGCGGACGCGAGCCCUGGGAGAUGUCCUUCACACGGUCCAGCAGCUGUGGUAUGCAGGCUCUGAAGAGAUCGAUGCAGUUGCCCAGAUCCUCGCGAACGGGAGCAGAACUGCUGGAAUUGCUGCGCCGAUGCUGAACCUCGCCAUCCCCGCCUCCUCCCGGCCCUUGCUCGGCGACCUGCUCACCCCCGACCUCCUGCCCGCGAUCUGGUCUCUCGACCCAAACACCUCGAUGCAGACGCCGCAGCUGCACUUUGCCGCCGUCUCCCUCACCCGCCUCCUCCUCACAUCGACACCGCAAAACGUCCGCCGCCUCUGCGCCCCCCUGUCCCCCGACCCCCUCUCGCCGCUCAGCAGCCAGACCCUGCUGCACCGCCUCCUCGACGUCUUUGCGCGCGCCGACCCGACCCAGGCCGCCCACACCCGCACCGAGGCCGCGCGCGCCGCCCUCGCCGUCGUGCGCGUCCUGCACACGACGCCCGUGCCCCCGCUGCUGCCGGACUGGGACCCGCGCGACGACGGGACGUUGCGCGGCCGCGGCGGGGAGGUGUUUUACCGGCGCCACGGGGCGCUGGGCAAGACGCUCGCGCACCUCGUCGUGCAGCCCAAGUUUGGCGUGCUGCGGAGCGAGGCGUGGUUUGUGUUUGCGCUCAUGGCGAGGAGCGAGGACGGCGCUGGCGUCGUGUCCAAGGUGCUUGCUGUGCCCGGGGCGUGGGAGGCGCUCGUGGAGUGUAUCACGGGGAGAAGAGAGGGUGAAGAGCGUUCGGUCGAGACGGCGGGGACCGGGGGCGAGGUCACUAUUAGUACGGAUGCUGCCUCUGUCGUGGACGGGCUGCAGCCGCAGCAGGUUGAUCCGCAGCAGGCGGAAGGGAUGGCCAGGGUUGAUCGGGAGAAUGGCUUGGUGCUCGUGUCCGAGCUGGUCAAGCAUGCUGGGGAGGAUUUUCCCGCGGCGAGAAGAGCAGCACUGGGAGAGAUGCUGAAGGAAGGCGGGGAGUUGGUAGCUGAGGGUCGAAAGGAUGACAGCGCGAAGGAUGCCUAG